AUGCUCGGCCCGCCUCCGUCCUGCCCCGCCAACUCCUGUCUGCCCUCCUCUGCCGUGCCACACCUCCCCAGACUGUCCCCUGAAUGCUGCAUGAACCCUGUGGGCUCCGGGCCCCCAGAUACCUCCAUGAGCUACAGACGAGCCUACGCAAGAAUCUUGGCCCGAGCCAGAGGCCAGAACCACCCCCUCCCCACCCCCCGUCACACCUGCCGCCACGAACUCCGAGACCUGGCUGCUCCGAGACCUACUCACCUCUCACCCAUGGCCCAGGUGAAUGUUCAAGAAUAUUGGCUGCGUUCUGUGCAGGCUGGAGCUGGCAGCGGAACUGGCAGCUUCAACAGGGGAGGGAGGCUGAAGAGGGCGGGCCAAUCUGGGUCCUUUCCCAUCAACCAUGAGAGGAGCCCCAGCUCCUACUUCUGGAGGGAAGAGGAGCAGAACUCUUCCCUGAUGGCUGCUGGACAUUCAGGCCGCCGUCGGGCCCCCCGCAGCGGGUGUCGGGGGGGGGGUCGCAGGAGGGCGCGGCCCCCGGCCCGGCGGAUGGGAGCGUUGGAGGCCGAGGCCGGAGCGGUGCCCCCCGACGCCCCCCAGCCCCAGCCCGCCCCCGAGGUCAUGGCCCAGGACCCGGCCCGGCCACCCAGGCGCUUCUUCUCCCCGGAGCCCCCGACCCUGGUCGGGGAUGGGGAUGGGGCCGGAGGGCCGGGCCUGGCGCUGCCCUUCCCGGGGCCCCCGGGCUUCUUCCCUCUGCCGGGACGCCCCCAGCCCCCACCGCAGCCCCCCUUCCCCCUCGACGCCUUCCCCGGCCCGCAGACCUCAGGCGGAGAGGGGGGCUUCCCCGGCCCGCUCUACCCGGGCCUGGGGGUCUCGGGCCGGCUGCAGGCCACGCUCACAAACUACCCUCUGUGGGCCAAGUUCUCCAAACACCAGACCGAGAUGAUCAUCACCAAGCAGGGCCGCCGGAUGUUCCCCUUCCUGAGCUUCAAUGUGACCGGCCUGGACCCCACGGCCCUCUACAGCGUUUGCGUGGACAUCGUCCUCGUGGAUCAGCACCACUGGCGCUACCAGAACGGGAAGUGGGUGCAGUGUGGCAAGGUGGAGGGCAGCACGCCAGGGAACCGCCUCUAUGUCCACCCCGACUCCCCCAACACGGGGGCCCACUGGAUGCGCCAGGAGCUGUCUUUCGGGAAGCUGAAGCUGACCAACAACAAAGGGGCCUCGAGCAACAUGUCCCAGAUGAUUGUGCUUCAGUCGCUGCACAAAUACCAGCCUCGGCUGCACGUGACGGAGAUGAAGGACGGAGAGCCAGAGACCCCCUGCCCCUCGCCCACCUCCCACACCUUCUCCUUCAUCGAGACCCAGUUCAUCGCCGUGACCGCCUACCAGAAUGCCGAGAUCACGCAGCUCAAAAUCGACAACAAUCCCUUCGCCAAAGGUUUCCGGGAGAACUACGAUAUGAUGUUCAGCGCUCCCGUCGAGGCCGACGCCCCCUCCCCGCCUGACGUCUCCGGCUGCCAGCCGAUGCCCGGGAGCCGCUUCCAGCCCUUCUUGCCCGAUCAGUAUUCGAUGCCCGCCUCCAGCCGCUUCUUCGCCGAGCCCCCACUGCGGCCGGGGAGCGGGCAGCCCAGGGAAGGGGCCCCCGCCCGCUGGUACUUCCCCCCGCCGCCGCCCGCCGGCCCCAUGGACUUUCCCGCCUACGAAGCCGACUUCCCCGGCCCGAAGCUGCUGCCCUACAGCAUGAAGCCAUUCGUGCCCUCCUCGUCGACAUCCUCCCUGCCUUUCUACCAGGACCCGCUGGGCGCGGGGGGCGGUUGGGCCGGCCUCCAGUACCCCCCGACGCCCACGCCGCCCUCGCCCUGGUUUCGGCCCAUGCGGGCGGGCCCGCCGGCCCAAGGGGCGGAGGAGAAGGGGGUGGAGGGAGAGGGCUCGCCCCCAGUCUGGACUGAAAUCGCCUCCGUGGCCUCCGACUCGGCCGACUCGGGCCUGUACGAGCAGGAGGGCAAGCGGCGGCGUCUCUCCCCCUACGACUCCAGCACUGACGGCUCCCCGCCCUCCGGCCGCCCCGUCGAUGCCUACGACAAAGAGGCGGACCCCGGCUACUUCGGUUACUACGGCAACUGACUGACCGGGUGGAGUGGGGAAGGAAGGUGCUGGUCCUGGACAGCAGGCAGCCGGUCCUGCCCCGGCCCGGCCUCGUCCCGAAGUGACUCUCAAUUCCCUCUUCCUUCUUCGAAGGGUUUUUAAGGGGGGAGGGGUGUAGCUUCUACCCCCCUCCCACCCGGGCUUCCCGCCCCAGGAGCUAGCAGUCCCCAGCACUGGGCCUUGGGGCUGGGAGGCUAGCAGGGGCCUGGGUCUCUGUUCUUAAUUAAGAGGAAAAGAUAUUUAUUAGAUCGGGGCCCGGUGUCCUCUGAU